CCGCUGCUGCAGACGCUGGCGCACACGUACCAGUCGAUGGUGCAGGAUGACGGCGCGUACCAGGAGUACCUGCCGCUGGCCAAGCACAUCGCCGACGACUACUUUCGCGAGUACCCGAGCAAGGACGUGCAGCUGCUGGUGGCCUGCUGCAUCGCCGAUGUGCUCCGAGUGUACGCCCCCGAGGCGCCGUACAAGGACCCGGCCCAGGUCAAGACAAUUUUCAUGUUCCUGAUAAAGCAGCUGGCUGGACUGAAGGAUCCGAAGGAUCCUGCUUUCAAGCGCUACUUUUAUCUUCUGGAGAACCUCGCAUACGUCAAAUCUUUCAACAUGUGCCUGGAACUGGAAGACAGCAAUGAAAUCAUAUGCAGUCUUUUCUCCCUGACAUUCAAGAUCGUCAAUGACGAACACUCCGGCAAGGUGAAAAGCUUCAUGCUGGACGUGCUCUGCCCGCUGAUAUACGAGUCUGACGUGGUCUCAAACGAGCUGAUGGACAUCAUCCUGAUGAACGUCGUGGGAGCCGGCCAAGUCGACCGCGUAACGCCCUACCACUUGGCCAAGGAGCUCAUCAUGAAGUGCAGUGACACGCUGGAGCCCUACAUACAAGCAUUCUUCAACCACGUGCUGAUCUUGGGCAAGGAGGAGAAGAAGCUGGGUAUCUCACGCAAGGUGUACGAUCUGAUCUACGAGCUGAACCACAUCUGCCCGACCGUGCUGCUGGCCGUGGUGCCGCAGCUGGAGUUCAAGCUGAAGUCUACCGAGGAGGACGAGCGGUUCCACGCCGUCAGCUUGCUGGCCCGCAUGUUCUCCGAGCAGGAGUCCAACCUCGCCAUGCACCACCGCCAGCUGUGGCUGGCCUUCCUGGGCAGGUUCAACGACAUCUCCGUGAAGAUCCGCACCAAGUGCGUGCAGUACUCGAUGCACUUCCUGCUGAACCACCCGGAGCUGCGCAGCGACAUCACGGAUACGCUCAAGUUCCGCCAGCACGACUCGGACGAGGCCGUCAGGUACGAGGUGGUGAUGGCCAUCGUAGCCACGGCCAAGCGUGACUUCAGCAUCGUCUCCGAGAGCGAGGCGCUGCUCAACUUCGUCAAGGAGCGCACGCUGGACAAGAAGUUCAAGAUCCGUAAGGAGGCCAUGUGCGGGCUGGCCAUGAUCUACAGAAAGUACCUCAGCAACCCGGACGUGCCGGAGGCGACGCGCACGGCCAUCACCUGGAUCAAGGACAAAAUCCUACACGGCUACUACAUGACCAGCCUGGACGACCGGCUGCUGGUGGAGCGCAUCGUCAACACGUGCCUGGUGCCGUUCACGCUGCCGCCCGAGGAGCGCAUGAAGAAGCUCUACUACCUGUUCGCCACGCUCGAUGAGAACGCCACCAAGGCCUUCAUCGAAAUGCAGAAGCAGCAACUGGCCGUGCGGAAGACGGUGCAGGAACUGCUGGAGUUGCAUCGGGCGCCGCCGUCCGACGAGCGCGAGAAGGAGAAAGCUCUGCGCAUCAGCUACCUAUCCAAGUUCCUGCCAGACCCCGUCAAGGCGCAGGAGUUCAUCCGCAAGUUCUCGGUGCACCUGGCGCAGGAGGAGGCGCUGCUCCUCCUCAUGGAGACGGUCAUCAACCCGACGGUCUCGUGCCGCGAGAGCGUCGACAGCGUCAACAUGGUGCUGAAGCGACUCGGUCAGCCGGUGAUGACCAACCUCUACUACAACACCAUCAAGCAGCUGCUGGAGCGCGUGUCGUCGGUGAUGAUCGACCACGACGCGCUGCUGGCGCUGGUGCAGAUGGUAGAGGAGGCGGUGCGCGACCCGGGCUCCGCUCAGGACCUGAACAUCGAGCCCGGCGCUGCCGUCGGCCGCGGCCUCCGCCUGCUGUUCGUUAUGUCGUACGUGCAGGCCGCCCAGUUCCUGCACGCCGACAUCCUGGCCGUGCUGCUGGAGAUGUUGCAAACCAACGACGACGUGGUGACGCCCAAAGUGCUGGGCGUGCUGCACUUCGUCGGCAAGUACCGGCCGCUGGCUGCCGAGUUCCCCGAGCUGGCGGACGCGCUGGUGCCCGUCUGCCAGCAGCUGGCCACCACCGGCACACCCAAGCAGGCCAAGCACGCUAUCCGCUGCCUGUACGUCAACGUCACCGAUAACCAGGAGGGCGUGUUCACCGAGAUCCUGGAGAGGCUGAAGGCGCAGCUGGAGCUGGGCCACGAGCACUACCGCACAUCCAUCGUCUCGCUGGGCCACAUCGCCCUCUACCUGUCCGGCAAGUUCCCCAUCCAGAUCAAGAACAUUGUCUCCAGAAAGAUCGUGAAAGACCUGCUCAUGAAGGACCUGACAGACAGCGGCGAGCUGGACGACGAGUGGUGCGAGGAGGACGCCCUGCCCGAGGGCAUCCGCUGCAAGAUCGAGGGCAUGAAGCUGAUGGCGCGCUGGCUGAUCGGGCUCAAGGAUGACGUCAUCUCGGCGCAGAAGACGUUCCGCAUGCUGGUCGCGUUCAUUAUCCACCGCGGCGAACUGCUGGAAGAGGGCAGGGUCAAUAAGCCGGAGGCGGCCUGGCUGCGGUAUGCGGCCGGGGCCGCCAUGCUCAAGAUCUGCGAGCAGAAGGGUGUCGGCGACCAGUUCACCGCCGACCAGUUCUACAGCCUCUCCCUCCUGAUGGCCGACGAGUGUGCGCAGGUGCGGGAGAGGUUCGCGGCCAAGCUGCACAAGGGCCUGAGCCGCGGCAUCCCACACAAGUGCCUGCCGCUCGACUUCAUGGGCAUGUACGCGCUGGCCGGCCAGGAGCCCGACAAGCGACUCAAGUCCAUCGUGCGCAGCUACAUGUCGGCCGACAUCCUGAAGCGCCGUGACGUCAUCAAGAGCCUGCUGCUCACCGGCGGCUCGGAGCGGGCGGCUGACCAGCUGCCUCACAUCAUGCCCGACUACAUGCUGGUGUUUGCCGUGCCGAUCCUGGCGCACGACCCCGACUUCACCUCGUACGAGGACGUCGAAUACCUCACCAAGAUCCGCUCCUGUCUCUGGUUCAUUCUGGAGCCACUGAUCACGAAGAACGACAACUACUGCUUCGGCUUCUACAAGGCUCUGGUGGAGCGGAUGAAAAACCACCUGGACGCCGUUCGGAGCGAGGAAGAGGCAGCAAACCAGAAACUGUGGGCCGUCUGUGACCUGGCCAUGGGGCUGCUGCUCACCAAGACAACCAACUUCGAGAUGCGCGAGUUCCCAUCCGAGCCGCGCAUCCCGCCCAUGUACUUCCGAAAGCCGGCCGACCCCAACUUCGUCAACGGCAAGUUGUACCUGCCGAUCGAGAUGCAGCACCUGGGCAAGCGCGGCGGCAUUAUCUCCAGCACCUACAGCCACUCCAUGAUCAACAAGCGCAUCCAGCUGGCGCAGCAGAUUCGCGCUUCCAAGGCCGACGGGCCCAAGGAGCUGACUGUGAUCGUGCAGGAGGCCGGUGGAGCGGUGUCAGUCCCGGCCGAGGGCGCCGCCGCCGAGUCUGACGAGGAGGCGGCGCCGGCGGCCACCGCCAGCAGCCAGCGGCUGAUCCGCGACCCACCGGCCACCUACAGCCGCCGCGCCACGCACGAGCGCGACCGCAACGACGACUCGGUGGACAGCGCCGGCGGUGCGGACGUCUCGGCUUCGGAGCGCUCCUCCGUCGCCGACAGCCCCUCCAAACAGGAGAAAAUCACCAACUACUUCAAGAAGGCGCCGAGGGCGCGUCGCCGACCGGCUCGCCAACGCAGCGUUCCAGGCCAGUGA